AUGGCUUUCGCCACGGUCGGCUUGUUGAGCAUCUUCGUACUGUGUUUGUCCCUCCCAAAUGCUUCAGCAAACCCUCACACCAGCCCUCACGCCAGCCUCCAGGAGAGGAACCUAUUCAGCACCCAGCCUAACCCCGUGGACGUCUCAGGAGCCCACGCAUGGCAAGCACCCACCGCAGACCAACAACGAGAACCAUGCCCCGGCCUCAACGCACUCGCAAAUUACGGCUACAUCUCCCGCGAUGGCGUGGUCUCGCUGCCUGAGGCAAAUCCUGCCGUAACCAGUGUAUUCAACAUGGGCUUGGGUCUGGCAACACUACUGGCGACUUUGGGAGUAGUAUCAGGCGGUGCACCUGUCUCCCUGAACCUCCGAGUCUCCAUCGGAGGCGAGAGUAAGGAUGUCAGUCUUCUUCUGAAAGGUCUACUAGGAAUUGCUGGAAAGCCGCAAGGACUGAAUCUGACGCAUAAUCUCGUCGAGGCGGACUCCUCGCCUACUCGAGACGAUUUAUUCGAGACUGGAGACGCGUGGACACUGAAUAUGGUUCACUUCCAGGAUAUGCUGGAUGCUUUGCCUGAGGAUGAGGACUCGAACACGGCAUUCGACGCCAUGUCAGACUUUGCUGUCAAGCGAUUCAAGCAAACCGUGGGAAGUAAUCCACACUUCUUCUACGGCCCAACUAGGGAAGCCCGUUCAUACGCACCUCCACAGACCCACAGUUCUCCCUGCCUAAUAACCACGAACCCAGACCACACAAUCCUAAGAUCCUUCUACGGCCUCACCAGCUCCUCCGACUCAAACCCCACCUACACCUACGGCCACGAGCGCAUCCCCUUAAACUGGUACCCACGCCCCACCCCCUACGGCCUCGCAGAACUGAACCAGGACAUCCUUUCCUGGACCCUCAAACACCCGGAACUAGCCAGUAUCGGCGGAAACACCAGGACAACCAAUUCCUUCACACUCCUCGAUCUCUCGAACCUCACGGACGGCGUGCUUGCUGCUCCCAAGUUGUUAGAGAAGAAUAAUCUCCUGUGUUUUGCGCUGGAGUUUGUGAAAUUGGCCGCGCCUUCAUUUACGAAUAAUUUGUUUGAGACGUUGAGUGGCCGCUGGAUUUGGGUUUGA